GUUUCGACGUCCAUCCAAUCCAGUUAGCUUGUGCGCUCCGCGAACGAAUUGAAAGAAAGAGUAUUACUUAAAUCAAGUGUAAAGAAAUUACAUAGUGUAUACCGCUUAUAUAUAAAAAUAUAUAUAGCAGUCCCAACCAACCCCGGCCAGCCAGCUACACCCCAGCAGUAUCUUUUUUUUGUAAAUCCAAACCAAAAAAAAAACAAAAACUUAAGAUGGCAUCCACAGCCCCAGCACUAAAGGAUCUGCCCAAGGUGGCCGAGAACUUGAAGAGCCAAUUGGAGGGCUUCAACACGGAGAAACUGAAGAAUGCCAGCACCCAGGAGAAGAUCAUUUUGCCCACAGCCGAGGAUGUGGCUGCCGAGAAGACCCAACAAUCAAUCAUUGAGAGCAUCACUGGAUUCGAUCAGAACAACUUGAAGCACACCGAGACCAACGAGAAGAACCCCUUGCCCGAUAAGGAAGCCAUUGAACAGGAGAAGGAGAAGAAUCAAUUCAUAGCCGGCAUCGAGAAUUUCGAUGCGAAAAAGUUGAAGCACACCGAGACCAACGAGAAGAACGUGCUGCCCACCAAGGAGGUCAUCGAGGCCGAGAAGAAGGCCUAAGCCAAAAUGGCAGGCGCAUCCAGCAUUGCCAAUAAACGUUGCAUCUCUCUCAAGCACAUACAAAAAACACAAACAAACACACACACACAUUUUCUAUACGCGUAUAUAUCUUUUUCCUUUUCCAUUUGCUAAAACCAUCAAAACGAACAUUCAGGCUAACGUACAUAAGAGUAAUAGAAGGAGAACCAUGCCAAGCACAGACUCUCAAGCAGCCUCAGAGUCGCCGCCAUCCAUCAGAAAAGCUUCACUUCACAAUAACUUGAACAAUUACCGGAAUGGCAUUGCCAGUCAUUGCAACGAUGCUGCUGCUGCUGCUGGUGGUGGUGGUGGUGGGGGGGGAGAUACAGAGAGAGAGAGAUCUUGCAACACAGAUCGUGAGACUGUUGCUGUUUGUACCACACAUCCUAACUAACUUAUUGUCUGCCUGCUUGAAAAAG